UUUGAGAGGGGUUGGGUUUGUUGGUUUCAUUGAACAUUUAACUACCUGUAAAAUAUAAACAUGGCUGUUAGUGUCACACCAAUUCGGGACACAAAAUGGCUAACACUGGAAGUAUGUAGAGAGUUUCAAAGAGGGACUUGCUCACGGCCAGACACGGAGUGUAAAUUUGCACAUCCUUCGAAAAGCUGCCAAGUUGAAAAUGGACGAGUAAUCGCCUGCUUUGAUUCACUGAAAGGUCGUUGCUCCAGGGAGAACUGCAAAUAUCUUCAUCCGCCCCCACACUUAAAAACACAGUUGGAGAUCAAUGGACGAAAUAACUUGAUUCAGCAGAAGAACAUGGCCAUGUUGGCCCAGCAGAUGCAGCUAGCCAAUGCCAUGAUGCCUGGUGCCCCAUUACAGCCCGUGAACUUAAUGCAACAAUCAUUCCAAAAAAGAGGGGGGGAUUGCAUUUCGAGGUGGGAGGGAUCCCCAUAUUACACCGGCAGUGAUACCAAUUAUCAGUACUGUACAGUCGAGCCAAUGUUUUCAGUUGCACCAAGCUUAGCCACCAAUGCAUCAGCAGCCUUUAAUCCCUACCUGGGGCCUGUUUCCCCAAGCCUGGUUCCAGCAGAAAUCUUGCCUACUGCACCAAUGUUGGUCACGGGGAAUCCUGGAGUUCCAGUGCCAGCAGCUGCUGCAGCUGCUGCACAGAAGUUAAUGCGGACAGACAGACUCGAGGUGUGUCGAGAGUACCAGCGAGGCAACUGCAACCGAGGAGAAAAUGAUUGUCGGUUUGCUCAUCCUGCUGACAGCACAAUGAUUGACACCAAUGACAACACAGUCACUGUCUGCAUGGAUUACAUCAAAGGGAGAUGCUCCCGGGAAAAGUGCAAAUACUUUCAUCCUCCUGCACACCUGCAAGCCAAGAUCAAGGCUGCCCAAUACCAGGUCAACCAGGCUGCAGCAGCACAGGCUGCAGCCACUGCAGCUGCCAUGACUCAGUCGGCUGUCAAAUCACUGAAGCGACCCCUCGAGGCAACCUUUGACCUGGGAAUUCCUCAAGCUGUACUUCCCCCAUUGCCAAAGAGGCCUGCUCUUGAAAAAACCAACGGUGCCACCGCAGUCUUUAACACUGGUAUUUUCCAAUACCAGCAGGCUCUAGCCAACAUGCAGUUACAGCAGCAUACAGCGUUCCUCCCACCAGGCUCAAUAUUGUGCAUGACACCCGCUACAAGUGUUGUUCCCAUGGUGCACGGUGCUACGCCAGCCACUGUGUCCGCAGCAACAACAUCUGCCACAAGUGUUCCCUUCGCUGCAACAGCCACAGCCAACCAGAUACCCAUAAUAUCUGCCGAACAUCUGACUAGCCACAAGUAUGUUACCCAGAUGUAGAGCUGUCGUCACAAAACAAUCAUACAAAGAGGAAAGGACAGUGUGCUUGGUUAGAGUAAGGACGACGUCAUUAGCCAUAUUGUAUAUACCGUCAAGCAACACACACAAAAAUCCCUCAGCCACAAGACAUCCACAUAUUGCAUGUUAACCAGAAGAAAAGACAACAUGGGAACUUGCUGCACACUGAUGCCUACACACUUUGUACAUUCAAUCGGUAUUUGUGCUGAGGUGAUAUUCCUAUCUAAAAGAACAACAUUGUCUUUCUUUUGUAGCACAGAGUUAUGCAUUAAAAUAUGCAUACAUAAUUAGUUUCCUAUAUAUUCAUGCCAUCUUGAAAAGACAGACUAUGGUGUAACCAUGAUUCUAUUAUGUAUUGGUACGUCUGUAGACCAAGAUAUAAUUUUUUAAAAAUGAGUUUAUUUCUUUCAAGGUUUACAAGUAACAAAGGUGCACCUUGUAUUUAAAAUUGCCAUUAGAGCUGAGAGCGCGCAUGCACAGUCAUUUUUGUUUAAGAGUAAUAUUUUUACUGUAAUAGAUUGUAAGACGUGGUGAGGGAGGGAUCUGACAGAGAUGAAUGUGCCAAGCAAAACCACAACUGUGUCUAUGUUAAAGCACACCAUGGCUUUAAGUACCAUGUUGCUAAGGAUUCUCAUGAAGUGCCAUAGACUGUCCAUCAAACUAGAGUAUUAUUUCUUCAGUGUUAUUAUUCUCAGAGCCACGUUUUGUUGCUUAUUCGCUAGUACUCAUCAAUCAAAGGGCACCAUUCUUCUUUUCUUUUUCCUUUGUUGUUUUUGAAACCAAAGCUGUCUCAGAAAUGGCCAACUUAACUUUACAGUAACAAUAGACAGCACAACACACACUCAAUACAGAUAAACCUUCACAUACUGGAGAUAUAUAUAAUAGAUAUAUAAAAUUAUUUUAAUGCAUUGUAGUGUAAUAUUUAUGCAUACUCUACUAUAUAACAUGUUAUUCAAAAGGGAUAUGCCAUUUCUGAGACACAAUAACAAAAAAUGUUUGAGGAAAUUAUUUUGCUUCUAUUUAUAGCCUCUGUCAAAAGUCAAAAGACUAUAAAUGCUUUGCAGAAAUGGUUUCACGUUUGCUUAAAUGCUUCAUCACAGUCACAUUCAAAAUAGUGACUCUAAACAAAGAGAACAGCACUGUCAUCAGAUGCAUGAUAAACCAAAAUAUGAAAAUGGGAAAUGUUUAAUUAACCUAGUAAUUGGGUGGGUUAAGUACAUGGGUGAAUUUUAUAUGUGAUUCUUUUGUUCAGAUUAACUGCUUAUAGCCUUAGAAAGCCUUUUAAAAAUUUUAAAAAUAGAUGUGCAUUCAGUUUUUAAGAAUGGAUUCAUCCAAAGGAAUUCCCCUUUUUUGUGGUUUGGAUGUUGCAGCUAGUAAAGGAUAUUUUUGCCCUGUUCAGCAGUUCUAAAAAAUCGCUGAGUAGGGGCCAGGUCACUGGCAGUUCUAGUGUGGAAUGGGAGAAGUGAGAGUUCCGUUAUAGAACUUUCCAUACUUCCAAGUUUACUGCAAGUUUUUAUGCUUGAGAGAGAUGCUUUCUAAUAUAAGACUGAUGUGUUGAUUUUACUGAUUGUACUGUACAUCUAUUAAAGCCUUAGAUUAUUACAUUACGGGUUGGAACCCAUACCAAUGUAAUUUCAAUCGUGUUAAGAGAGUAAUGGUGACUUCACAUGUUAGUAUAGUUAGUUACAUUAUAGAAUAUUACUUAUUUUUCUUGUUAAAAUGUAGUUUUUCAUUUCCUACAUUUAUUAGAUUUUCAUUUUCUAUUAACAAUUGAAUACCAUUUCAGUUUAUAGACUAUUGUUUUAUUAGAUUUUACCAAUGAAUUUUUCAAAAUACAAAAAAAAAUUAAAGUAGUUUUUCCUUCAUAACAUACUCAGUUUUAAAUUACAUGUAGUGUCAUAUGAAUAUCCGUAUUAUUGUUAACUAAAUGAUUUAUAUUUUACUGAUUUAAUAUUACAGUGUAAGAAUGUCAGUCAUUGUUCUUGUCUAGUUUUCAUUAAAAGAACAAAGAUCUUUUAUAUGGAUAUCUUAUAAAUAUAUAAUCAUUGCUAAGUAAGAAGUUAAGUUGUUGCUAUGGCAACAAUCCUGGCAGACAAUUGAGUAAUAUUUUGAUGAUUUAUUUUGUUUGUAAUUAGUUAUUAUGAGAAGAUCUAGAUCCUAGAUAUUAGAAUAAAAUUUAUUUUCUACUGUAUCCAUUUCAAAUGUUAAAGUAUUGUUUAAUAUUUUUGAAAUCCCUGAAUAUCAGGCCUUGUUAUAAAUAAGCUGCAUAAUCAAUAAAUAGAACAAGGGACUUUUUGUUGAUAAUCCAAAUACUCAAAGUUUACGUAAUGAGAAUUUUAGCGUGUGUGCAAACUCUUGGGGGUUGAUGAUGCUGCAGUUUAGCAUGUUGGGAAGUCUAGAGAGAAAGGUUGACUUUUUGCACUUCUGUAUAUAGUCAAAAGAGAGGAACCUGUAUAAUAACAAGAUCUUAUUUUGAAUAAAAACGUCUAUAAUUACAAGGAGUUUUGUUAAGGCUAAUGAAAUGACAGACUGAGGAAAAUUGCUUGCAAAAGUGGCACAGAGUUAGCACUCCAUACCCUUCAGACACGUUGCUUUGCUUUCUGUGGACAGCUUGUAGUUUGCCAGGAUUUUUCAGCUGGAAAGAUUUGCCAUCCUUCCAAGAUCUCAUGACUGACAAAACUCCAUUGGGCCAAAUCUGCCUGAAGAUCAUUACCAAAAAUAGCAGGUACUUCAGCCAUUAAGGUGAAAUCAUGGAUCAGAUAUUCCUUACAUUGUUUUCAAAACUACUGCAUGUUUAAAACUUCAACAAAAAGAGAGGAAGAACUAUGCUAAGGACAUAUAUUACUCAAAUCGGUUUCUGCAAUUUCAGUGGUUUAUUGUUCACAAAAGGAAAUCUUCAAAACAAGUAUUGACUUUCACAAAAUUUAAACCAUAAACAGGCAAACCAAACAGCACACCUGUAGUUGUUAUGUGAUUGUUUUUAAUUGCUGUAGAUCUUGUUCUUUCCGCAGGUGAAAAAAAGAAAUUAAAAUUUCACAAUUUUGAUUUUUCAACUCAGAAGCACUCAAAAGAGCAAAAUGUGACAAUGGCCACUUGUUUAAUGACUUGGUUGCCCAGCCUUUACUCCAGCUGGCUCCUGAUGUUGCACUUACCAGCAACCUGACCACUUUCAUCUGCUGAAAGGACAAAGCGCUUGGUUUUACUAUUAUGUAAUCACAACUUACUUUCUGCUUGUAGUUGCUUAAAAUUAUGUAUUCUGUCUAGGGCUGCAAUUUGUUUUAUGCUUAUUUUAUUAUUACUGCAGUAGUUGACUUUGCUGUAUGGAAAAAUAAAGUGAAAUUGCCCUAAUAAAACUUCUCUUUCUUAAGUAUA